AUGGAGAGUGGACAGGAGAGACCUCGGAAAGGCCGCAAGCUGGGUUCCAGCCGCCGGCGGCAGACAAGAGAGCCGGCAGACGGCCAGGACGCCCCAGGGACCCCCGCGCCAGAGUCCUGGCUGUCCCAGGCCUCUGCGGAGGUGCAGAGCUUCCUCCGGGACUGUGGUGCCCAGGACAGAGGCUUCGUCACCCGUGAUGACCUGGCGGUGGCCAAGUUCAGCUUCCUGGGCAGCGAGGAGGCGCCGGAGAGGAUCUUCGACUGGGUGGACUCGGAGCAGCAGGGCCGCCUGUCCCUGGACGAGUUCAGCUCUGGGCUGGAGAGCAUCCUCGGCUCCUCCAAGAGCCCCCCCGGGCUCCACAGACGGAGGCCCCGGGUGCCCCUGCCCCGCGGCCCGGAGCCUGAGGAGGCGGACGCCCAGGAGAAGGAGAUGUUCUCCGAGUUCAUGGCGCAGUGGGGCACCGGCGCCUCGUUCCCCGAUGAGGCAGAGGUGUGGCAGCUCUGGCAGAAACUAAGGCAGGAGGACGCCCAGCUGGCCGGCAACCUGGAGGGCUUCCUGGCUGCCAUGAGCAGCCGCCUGCAGGAGGCCCGGGAUGACAAGGAGGUUCUGGAGCUGACCCUGAGGAAGUGUGACUCGGACCAUCACCGCAAGGUCCAGCAGCUCUACGAGGAGACGGAGCAGCAGCUUCAACAGGAGAAGCAGCAGUUGCAGGCCAAGAGCGAGUCCCGGGACUUGGCCCUCAGCUCCCAGAUUCAGGCAGCCCUGGAGGCCAAGGAGCGUGAGACACAGCUGCUGGCCGAGGGCCAGAGAGAGCUGGAGGCCCGGGUGCAGCAGCUCAGCGCCUCACAGCAGCGGGCCAGCUCCAAGCAGCGGCAGCUUCGGGAGGCCGGGCGUGACCUGGCCAGGCAUCUGGAAGAGGUGCAGGGGCAGCUGCGAGAGACCAGGAGGCAACUGACCACCUCCAAGGCCCACGUGUCUUGGCAGAUAGAGGAGAAACAGAGGGACCCUGGAGCAGGCGAGCAGCAGGCUGCAGCCCCUCAGGAGGUGUCCCCCAUGGAGGCGCCCUUGCCUGGGGUGUUUGGGGACAACGAGGACUGGGAGCAGCUCCUGGGCAGCUUCAGUCCCCCACAAGGAGCCCUGCAGAUCUGCUGGAGCCCGCCCCCGAGCCCCUCGGGCCCCCCAGUACCCCGGGUGGUCAGACAGAUCUCCAUUUCCGAGGCCCACGCUCCACCCUGCACCCAAGGAGAGGCCGUUCCCCAGCACCCAUACUCGGGGCCUGCAGGGCUCACUCCAGGGCUGGCUGGGCCCUCCCUGGACCUCCCCGGGGGCCUGGAGCUGGAAGGGGCAGGGCCUACCCUUGGGGCUGACCCUGACUACGUCUUCCACGUGGUCUUCCUGGGGGACUCGAGCGUGGGCAAGACGUCCUUCCUGCACCUGCUGCACCACAACUGCUUCCCCGCCGGGCUGACAGCCACCGUGGGAGUCGACUUUCGCGUCAAGAACGUGCUGGUGGACAAUGCAACCUUCGCACUGCAGCUCUGGGACACAGCCGGCCAGGAGAGGUACCACAGCAUGGCACACCACCUGCUCCGCAAGGCCGACGCUGCCGUGCUCAUGUAUGACAUCACCUCCUGGGAGAGCUUUGCCCACGUGCGCGCCUGGCUAGACUGCCUGCAGGAGGCCGGGUGCGACAGGGUGGCCAUCCUUCUCCUGGGAAACAAGACGGACUGUGAGGAGGCACGGCAGGUGCCCACGGAGGCAGGACAGCAGCUGGCGCAGGAGCUGGGCGCCUCCUUCGGAGAGUGCAGUGCUGCCCUGGGCCACAACAUCCUGGAGCCCGUGGUGAGCCUGGCACGCUCUCUCAAGGUGCAAGAAGACCGUCUGAAGGGCGGCCUGGUGGAGGUGGCCGACCCCAGGCCCCCGCCCAGAGCUGGUUGCUGUGCCUGA